CGCUGAGGCGCGCGGCCGGGAGGACAGCGCUUCUCGGGCCGGAGCCUCCUUAGACUGCUGGGAGACUCUCCCUGUCAGGAGCGCGGCCAUGGGCGUGAGGGGUCUGCAGGGAUUUGUAGAAAAUGCCUGCCCCGGUGCUCGGGUGGAGGUCAAUUUGAGAGAUGUGGCAGAAGAAUACCGCAGCAACCACCCUGGGAGGACACCAGUGAUGGUCGUCGACGCGUUGGGUUGUCUCCGGUACUGGUACAGUCCCGAGUCCUGGGUGUGCGGAGGCCAGUGGCGGGAAUACUUCUCGGUCCUAAGAGGUUUCGUCGAAGCUUUUACCGCUGCGGGCAUCAAGCUGGUGUUCUUCUUUGAUGGUGUGGUGGAGCAGACUAAGAGAAAUGAGUGGGUGAAACGGCGACUGAAAAACGACAAAGAAAUAGCCAGAAUCUUUCAGGCCAUCAAGAGAGACGGGCAGCAACCCGGCAGAGCCAUGUUCUUCCUCCCUUCGGGGCUGGCCACGUUCACCCGCUUUGCCCUGAAGUCCCUGGGGCAGGACACUCUGUGUUCCAUCCGCGAGGCCGACUAUGAAGUGGCCGCCUUCGGCCUCCAGAAUGACUGUCUGGGGAUCCUGGGCGAAGACACAGACUACCUCAUCUACUCCACUUGCCCCUACUUUUCCGUGAGGAAUCUCCGCCUGGACCGACUCACCACCGUCAUGUUCUCUAGAGAGCAGCUCUGUCGCCGGUUGGGCCUCCACAAAACGGACCUCCCGCUCCUGGCUUGCCUGCUGGGCAACGAUACGGUGCCAGAAGGCGCCUGUGCCGCUCUUCGGGAGAGAUGCCUGGCCUACCGCUCGUGCACGGCGCAGCCCGCGGCGGACGGGAGGAGUGCCGCCGUCCUCGCGGUGGCCAGCUUCAUAUCCGGAGUUCUCCGUGGUCAGCAGGGGGCCAGAGACCUGGGGGCCAUGGUCCCUUCAGGGCCAGACCCAUCGCUGCUGUGCAGAGGGGUGGAGUCCUACCUCUUACCUGGGCAGGAUUCUCCCUGGCUCCUCCAGGGGCCAAAUCGGGCCACGGCAGGGGCGGAGGGAGGAGCGACUCCGUGUUCCGACCCGGAGAUCCUUCAGGUGGCUAAGGAGCGACACGUCAGAUCGGAAAGCUACCUGGUGUACAACGUCCUGAGUUGCGGGGAGGCCGAGUGCAGUAACACCCUGGAAGAUGCCCUGGAUGCGGAACUCCCCGCCCAAGCCCUGGUCUACCGCCCGGCCCGGCAGCGCCUCUACUGGGUUAUGCUCGGGGCCGGGAGAGACCCCUGCGAGGCCCGCCCUGCAGUCAAGGAGUGGUUCGUGCACGCCAGGAAUCCACUAAGGCACCCAGAACUCAUCCAGCCCGUUCAGCCCGACAUCCCAGGAGGGACGCCCAGUUUGAGGACUCUGUGGCUACUCCAGGAGCCAGGGGCCAGGGCCCAGCGCUACAGCACCUUCCUGGCCUGCUUUGGCCUCCCGACGAUGGCGCCGGAGGCAGAGGAACUGCAAGCCCUGGAAGGCUCCCUCGCAGCUACCUGCUGCCUUCUCAGCUACCUCCUCCUUCAGGUGGGCUCCCUGUCCCUGGAGGACUUGAAUGCUUUUAUUGCUCAAACUCUGUGCCUGCGAGGAAAAUCGGCUGUCCAGCUCGCUGACUUACAGCUUGCCUAUGUGGACUCAAGAGCGGUUCACCUUGGUUCUCUCUUCAUUCGCGGCCUCAGCACGUUGGUUUUAGCCAACAGUACUUGUGGGGGUCCCUUCCGCAUGGAUGAUCUGAUGCCCUGGCAAGUGUUCGAUGGGAAACUUUUCCAACAGAAGUACCAGCAGUCACACAGCGGACAGUCCCCACAUGAGCUUUUAGAAGGCAAUAAACUUUGGCUGACGGAGUUCCAACACCUGACGUCCCUCAUUUGCAAGACCUGCAACAUGAAGAACAGAACUGUUCUGAGCAGACAGAGAGGGGUUGUAUUCAACACAGGAGUACAAGAGAGGAUGUGGGAAUCCCAUGCUCAGCUGUCCUGGCAGCCUCACUCUGCUCCUCCGCGUCACCGUCCAGACCGAAGUCUCCCCGGGCGAGGCCCUCUACCUUCUCCUGCUGGAUCGCCGGCCCUUCAUCCAGGUAGAGGAUUCCGGUCCCAAGAGCGAGGACAAAGGAGAAAGAGAUUUCCAUUUGCUCCAUGCGACACUCCUGCUCUCCACUGCCGUCUCACCAGUGGCGGAGUCGUCCUCGACCCCAAGGACAGAAAUGGCAGCGGGACUGGUGGCAGCGAUGGUAAUUGAGCACCUGCACACAGUCUUGGCGGAACUCGGCAUACCAGCAGAGCUUAGGACCUUCCCCACACGGCCCUCGCUCGCUUACUUCCCGAGGACAUAGGGAAGGUCCCCUCUGCUCCGCGGGGCAUCGUGCCCUCUCCACUCCCCACUGAAUGAAUACUCAUGAAUACUCACCCUCCAUUCGUACGUGGGAUCCUGAAGCAGACCAGCUGAUGAGGGUUGUUCUCGGCUCCCGGGAACCUUGCCAGGACCUGGAGUCCUCCUGAUCCACUGAGGCGAUUCGGCAUUUGGCGAGGAGGGCCAGGCAACGGCACUGUAGGGAGGUAAAUGAUGGGGAUCUUAGAUCGUCGACGGCACAGUAGAGCAUCUUCUGCAUUCAGAGCACUGGACUGUCUGUUGCAUACAGAGCACUGGACUGGGUGACUGCUCAGUGUCUCCUGGGUGCAGAGCGCCUCAGUGAGUGCCUACUGCAUGUAAAGCACUGUACCGCCGGCUGCCUGCUGCAUGCCCAGCGCUGCAUUAAGUGCGUACUGGUGAACAGACCAUUUAUUGGGUGUUUUCUGGGCUGAACUUUGGCUGUCUGUAGAGCACUGUGCGGGACACCUUUAGUGUGCAGAGCACUGUCCUGGGCCCUACAGUGUGCACAGAGCAUAGCUGGGAACUUGCUGGGUGCAGAGCACUGUACUGAGCACCUACUGUAUGAAAAUCUUGGUGUCUUGCUUUGUGCACAGAUCUGUUCUGGGCACUUAUCUGGAUGCAGGUGUUGAUGAUGAUGACGGCGCUGGGUGCUGGUGGUGUUUUCUGGUGCCUUACACUCUGGGUUAAGUGGCUUCGUUUUUGAACUCAUUGAGGCAUUUUCCGGCAAUGAGAAGAAGAGCAAGUUAGCAGGCCCCCAGUUUCCCAGCAAUUCCGAGAACAUGGCCACCCUCCCAAAGGCCCCAACAAAAAGGGAUUGUUGCGGGACGGGCGUCGGGUCUGGCCAUGUGGCGUGGGAACAAUACCGCUCUGCACACCAGCUGACCGCACCCUGCCCGCUGCUUGGUUUUGAUUUAUUAAAGUUACUUCUUGCUAGAAAGGGCUCCAUUUUGUCAUUCUAUUUUUACAUUUGGGGUAAGGCUCUUUUAAGACCCCUUUGUCAUCGGGACCCUGGUUCAGGAGGAGACGAUCUGAGAAACAGCUUUGCCAUUGUGCGAGACAUUGAUCUUGUUAUGCAACCGGGCUAGUCAGUGGGGACGGAGGAGGAGGAGACUAAACCCCUUUUGUCUUCAUUGUGUCGACGUCGGGGAGAGAUCCCCAUGCCUGCACACCCCUCGUCCCCAGCAGCCCCGGGGGGAUCCCUCGCUGCUUCCCCAGGUGCUCCGCCUCACCUUCCCGAACACUGGCAACAACCGGGCCCCUCGGCCCCGUCCCUCUCGAGGGCAGCCGCUGGGAGCCUCCCGCUCCCCCUGGCACCACCACCUGGCAAGCUUGUGCCCCCAGCCGUCGAGAGUGCCAGCUGAGCCAGUCGGCACCAAUCGGACCUACAGCCUGGGGCCGCCUGGCCCCAGGUUCCUUUCCCAUUGCGGUCGGCCUGGUGUGCUUCCAACGUCAGUCCGUCAGUAGCAUCACUGAGCCCUUACUGUGUGCAUGGCCAUACUUCAUGCUCGAGAAAUCAGUAGAGACAGUCCUUGCCCUCAGGGAACGUACGGUCCAGUGAGAGAGAUGAAAGGACGAUAAAAGGAAUUACGCGUAGUGGGGAGCUGUGGAGUAUCAAGGGAUAGGAACAUUUAAGUGAUCCAGGGGAUGCAGUUGCCCGACUGCUUAAGUGAUAGUGAAGCACUUAACCCCACAGCAUUUAGGUCCAGAUCUGUAACUUACUGAUUUCUGUUAAAUGUCUGCCUCCCCCUCUAGAC